AUGGUAACCAUUCGAGCAGACGAGAUUAGCAAUCGUAUUCGUGAACGUAUUAAAAAAUAUAAAAAGGAAGUCAAGAUUGAAAAUAUCGGUACCGUUUUUCAAGUGGGCGAUGGCAUUGCGCGUAUUUCUGGUAUGAAGGACGUAAUGGCAGGUGAAUUAGUCGAAUUUGAAGAGGGUACAAUAGGCAUUGCUCUUAAUUUGGAACCAAAUAAUGUUGGUGUUGUUUUAAUGGGCGGCGGUUUGAUGAUACAAGAGACAAGUUCUGUAAAAGCAACAGGAAGACUUGCUCAGAUACCUGUUAGUGAGGCUUUUUUGGGUCGUGUUAUCAAUGCUCUGGGUAAACCUAUUGAUGGUCGCGGCGAAAUUUCAUCUUCGCAAUCUCGGUUAAUUGAAUCCCCUGCUCCAGGUAUUAUUUCGAGGCGAUCCGUAUAUGAGCCUCUGCAAACAGGACUUAUUGCUAUUGAUUCGAUGAUCCCCAUAGGGCGGGGUCAGCGAGAAUUAAUUAUUGGGGACAGACAGACCGGUAAAACGGCAGUAGCUACUGAUACGAUUCUGAAUCAACAAGGACAGAAUGUAAUAUGUGUUUAUGUAGCUAUUGGUCAAAAAGCAUCUUCUGUGGCUCAGGUAGUAACGACUUUACAGGAAAAGGGGGCAAUGAAAUAUACUACUAUUGUAGCCGAAAUGGCGGCUUCUCCAGCUACAUUACAAUACCUUGCUCCUUAUACAGGCGCGGCUCUGGCCGAAUAUUUUAUGUACCUUAAACGACAUACUUUAAUCAUUUAUGAUGAUCUCUCCAAACAGGCGCAGGCUUAUCGCGAAAUGUCUCUUUUAUUACGAAGACCACCCGGCCGUGAAGCUUAUCCAGGAGAUGUUUUUUAUUUGCAUUCGCGCCUUUUGGAAAGAGCCGCUAAAUUAAGUUCUCAUUUAGGUGAAGGAAGUAUGACCGCUUUACCAAUAGUUGAGACCCAAGCGGGGGACGUUUCCGCCUAUAUUCCUACUAAUGUAAUUUCCAUUACUGAUGGCCAAAUCUUUUUAUCCGCGGAUUUAUUCAAUGCUGGAAUCAGGCCUGCUAUUAAUGUGGGUCUUUCGGUUUCCAGAGUAGGAUCCGCAGCUCAAAUUAAAGCGAUGAAACAAGUAGCUGGUAAAUUAAAAUUAGACUUGGCCCAAUUUCUAGAAUUAGAAGCCUUUGCACAAUUCGCUUCUGCUCUCGAUAAAGGUAGUCAGCAAAAAUUGGAAAGAGGUCGACGAUUACGCGAGUUGCUCAAACAAUCCCAAGCGAAUCCUCUCACGGUAGAGGAACAAAUAAUGACCAUUUAUACCGGAACGAAUGGUUAUCUUGAUUCAAUCGAAAUUGGACAAGUAAGCACGUUUCUUAAACGGUUACGGGAGCACUUCAAAAUUAAUAAACCCCAGUUCAAAGAAAUCAUCUCUUCUACGAAAACAUUUACCGAAGAAGCGGAAGCCCUUUUGAAAGAAGCGAUUCGGGAAGAGAUGGAACGUUUUAUACUUUAA